AUGCCGUCCCACCGCCUGCGCAUCUCCGGCGACACCUUCCUCGACUCCUCCAACCGCCAAGUCAUCCUCCACGGCAUCAACGUCUCCGGCGACUCCAAACUGCCCUCAACCCCCAACGUCCCCUCCCACGAAGCCACCCACUUCUUCUCCGGCGAUGAGGUGCAAUUCACCGCCCGUCCCUUUGCCCUCUCCGAAGCACACACCCACUUUGCUCGCUUGAGAUCUUGGGGCUUCAACACCCUCCGCUACAUCUUCACCUGGGAGGCUCUCGAACAUGCCGGCCCGCAAAAGUACGACGAGGAAUACAUCCAACAUACCAUCUCCACCCUGCGCGUCGCCAAGGAAUAUGGCUUCUACGUCUUCAUGGAUCCGCAUCAAGAUGUCUGGAGUCGCUUCACGGGAGGUAGUGGAGCUCCCAUGUGGUCCAUCUAUGCCUGUGGCCUGGAUCCGAAAAACUUCACCGCCAAUGAGGCCAGUCUGGUGCAGAAUACGUGGUCCAACCCCGCCGAGUACCCCAAAAUGGUCUGGGCUACUAAUUACUAUCGAUUGGCCGUGCAGACCAUCUUCACACUCUUCUUCGCCGGGAGGGACUUCGCCCCGAAAUGUGUCAUUGAUGGCGUCAACAUUCAAGAUUACCUCCAAAAGCACUUCGUCGAUGCGUGUGCACAUCUCGCCAGGAGGAUCCACGAAGCGGGGGAUCUCGAGGGAGAAUGUGUGAUUGGAUGGGAGAGUGUGAAUGAGCCGAACAAAGGCUACUUUGCACAUCCCGAUCUGAGUAAGAUCCCCAAGGAGCAGAACUUGCGAAAGACCACCACCCCUACCGCAUGGCAGUCCAUGCUCACAGGAAUGGGGAGGGCCGUCGAGGUCGAGACGUGGGAUUUUGGCUCCUUUGGUCCCUACAAGAGUGGCAUGCAACUCAUCGAUCCCAAGGGUGUUUCCGCCUGGUUGGACCCCACCACCUGGGAUGAUUCCACCUAUGGCUGGAAACGCGACCCGGCCUGGAAACUCGGCCAAUGUAUCUGGGCCCAACACGGAGUCUGGGAUCCCUCCAACGACACCCUCCUCCAACCACAAUACUUCCUCACCCACCCCCAAACGAAACGCCCCCUCUCCCACAAGAUUUGGACCGACGAAAACUUCAUCCACUACUUCAAACGCUACUCCCAAUCCAUCCGCUCCAUCUGGCCCCAAUCCUUCCUCCUCMUCCAACCCCAACCGUUUGAAAUCCCCCCCUUCAUCAAAGGCACUCCAGAAGGAGAUGAUCCCAACCUCAUCUUCGCCUCUCACUUCUACGACGGCAUCACCCUCAUCACCAAGAAAUGGAACAAAAUCUGGAACAUCGACGUCCUCGGCGUCUUACGCGGCCGCUACUCCUCCCCUGCAUUUGCCAUCAAAUUAGGCGAAUCCUCCAUCCGCAACUGCUUCAAAGAUCAAUUGACGCGAUUGGUGGGCGAAGGAACGGAGAAUAUGGGCGUGCAUCCCAGUUUAUACACCGAAAUCGGUAUUCCUUAUGACAUGGAUGACUCCCAAGCCUACUCGACUGGAAAUUACAGCAGUCAGACCAGCGCCGUGGAUGCGAAUUUCUACGCCGUCGAGGGGAGUGGUGCGCAAGGAUGUACAUGGUGGGUGUACACGGCGGAUAAUAGUCACGAGUGGGGCGAUCAAUGGAAUGGAGAGGACCUGUCUAUUUUCUCCAAGGAUGAUUUGGAGGUAAAGAUGGAAGAGGAUGGUGAUGGUGGGGUUGUGACGCCGGGAAGUCUAGGCAAAACAUUGAGUGUGGAUGGCAUGAGCACUUCCUCUUCUUCUGGGGAUAAAGGGGGAAGGAAAAUGGGCUAUCGAGCCGCGGAAGCUUAUAUCCGUCCCGUCCCCCGCGCUGUACAUGGCAGGAUUGUCAAGUAUGGAUUUGAUUUGAAGAAAUGUGUGUUUGAAUUGGAAGUCGAUGCUAAAGAGGCUACUACGGACGUGGACUUUCCCACGGAAAUCUUUUUACCUAGUGUACAUUUUCCUGCUCCUACUUCUGGAGGUGCYGGGGAUGAUAAUCAUGGAGCAGGAGUUGAAGGGAAAGUGGAGGUAGAAAUCAGUGGAGGGAAAUUUGAGAUUAGAAAUGAAGGGGAUGGAAGAAGGAUUUUGAGGUGGUGGCAUGGUGUUGGGGAGCAGAGGAUUCGAGUUAAAGGGGUUGUGAGGAAGUUGGGAGGUAACAAUGGAGAGGGGGUUAAUGGAGAGGAUGGAAAGGAUGGAGAGGAUGAGGGGUAUUUGGAGGCUUAUUGGAGGUUGGGGAAGGGGUGUGGGGUUAUGUGA